CGCCCCGUAUGCAGAAUAGCUGGGCCUGCCCGCUGCAUUGUGGGAGUCACCAGAGCGCCCUGUACAUAAGGAGCGUCCCGGGAGAGAUCCCAACAAGUGCACGGACACCGCUCACCUCACUAACGGGGACUAUCAGGAACUUCAACAGCAUUAUUCAAGGAUGAAGCUCUUUCUGCUGGCUCUGGUGUUUUUGUUCAUGGGAGUUAUCAGCAAUGUCACUGCUCUGAGGUCUCGCACAAAACGGGAGCUAGCCCCAGGACUUCACCUUCUUGGCAUGAGAGAUGCAGGGGGUUCAUACUGCAAACAGAGAAAUUCUUGUUGUCCAGGCAGAGAUGAUGCCUGCACAGUGCCAUAUUUGGAUACUAUCUGCUACUGUGAUCUGUUCUGCAAUAGAACUGUGUCAGAUUGCUGUCCCGACUUCUGGGGAUACUGCUUGGGUAUUAGUCCCCCAGUAAACAUCCAGAAAGUAUGUGUCAAAAAUGACAAGCACUAUCCAAAUGGGGCAACUUAUCAAGACAACUGCAAUCGAUGCACAUGCACUACAGAUGGCAACUGGCAUUGUGAGCAGAACCCCUGUCUUAUAAGCCCAAGAAUCAUUGAUGCUGUCAAUCGAGGUUCCUAUGGAUGGAACGCUGGUAAUUAUAGCCAAUUUUGGGGCAUGACAUUGGAUGAAGGAAUCCAGUAUCGACUUGGAACAAUAAAGCCACCUUCUUCUGUUAUGAACAUGAAUGAGUUACAUAUGAACAUGAAGAAUGAUAUCCUGCCUGCUUACUUCAAUGCUGCUGACAAGUGGCCAGGAAUGAUCCAUCAGCCACUUGAUCAAGGCAACUGUGCUGGCUCCUGGGCUUUCUCAACAGCAGCUGUUGCUUCAGAUAGGCUCUCCAUUCAGUCUAUGGGUCACAUGACUCCUGCCCUGUCCCCCCAGAAUCUACUUUCUUGUGAUACAAAAAAUCAGCAUGGAUGUCGAGGAGGACGUGUGGACGGCGCAUGGUGGUAUCUAAGAAGGAGAGGGAUUGUAACAGAGGACUGUUAUCCAUUUGUUGGUCUGAAUGGAAAUGGCUCCCCUGGCGCCUGCAUGAUGCAUAGCCGUUCCAUGGGGCGAGGGAAAAGGCAGGCCACUAACAGCUGCCCAAACCCAUAUGCAUCCUCCAAUGAGAUUUACCAGUCCACACCGGCUUACCGCCUGGCAUCCACUGAAAAAGAGAUAAUGAAAGAGAUAUUUGACAAUGGUCCAGUGCAAGCUAUAAUGGAAGUGCAUGAAGACUUCUUUAUGUAUCAGAGUGGUAUCUAUAGACACACACCAGUGAUGGCCGGAGAAUCUGAGCUAUACCGUCGUCAUGGGACACAUUCAGUUAGAGUCAUUGGGUGGGGAGAAGAGAUGACUCCCAAUGGACAUGUACAGAAAUAUUGGUUGGCGGCUAACUCCUGGGGCAAGGACUGGGGAGAGAAUGGAUAUUUCCGUAUCGCUCGUGGUGAAAAUGAGUGUGAAAUUGAAAGUUUUGUAGUUGGAGUCUGGGGAAGAGUCAGUAUGGAAGAUGUUUCUCACAAGAAAUAAGGGAACUGCCAAUAUUGCAGGACUUUGCAAAGUUAUAACCAGCAAACAGUGGGGUGGAUCUAACUUUCUUCCUCCAGAUAUUUCCACAGCCACUGGGUGGAUGUCCUAGGUGGUUGGGUGUGUAUUCAACAAAGAAAGGGGAAUGUAUUAUAGCUUGAUGUGAGGGAUUUACAUUUUAGGGCACGUUACAAUAGUGUCUGCUAAAGAAUCCAUAAGUAAUCCCUGCAUAUAGGCAUUAAAAACAUGAGGCCAUAACCGUAUAUAUGUGACCAUUUCACUUAGAUACGGUAGAUAUACUAGUAGCUCAUGUUGAACACCUCCCUUCAUAUAUUCUCACCAACUCAUCCAAAGUAUGUCACUUGAGACGCACCUUCCCUAUUCAUAUCAUUUCCACUGUCCCACUUGAAUUCACCAUAUUUUAUCAGUUUUCUAUCGAUAAAUUAAAGCA